GAUUGAGGCAUAUUCUUCUUGUAUGAAUGGAUGUAAUAUGAUGGAUCUUGGAUUCACUGGUGGCCGCUUCACUUGGGUUAACAUGCAAUUCAAUGGUCAUAUCAUUCGUGAAUGCUUGGAUAGGGUCUGGGGUAACCUUGAGUGGAGAAUCUCCUUUCCACAAGCUACUGUUUUUCACCUUCCCAGAGUCCAUUCUGAUCAUAAUCCUAUACUUUUAUAUCUUAACCCCUCACGUUUGGCUAUUGGGAAACAACCCUUUCGAUUGGAGAAAUUCUGGAUUGACCACCCAGAAUUUCAAAGCUUGGGGCAAGGAGUAUGGCAAUCAAGCAAGCUUUCUACAAGUCAAUGUAUUUCCAAUAUGAUGAGUAGAGCUGAGUCUUGGAGUAAAGCCACCUUUGGGAACUUGUUCAAGCGAAAAAAGAAAAUUCUUGCUCGAUUGGAGGGUAUUUACAAAUACCUAUCCCUUCGACACAAUGUUUUCCUUUCCUGCCUAGAAAAAGAUCUAGCCCUUGAAUACGCAGAUAUCUUGAAAUUUGAGGAGGACCUCUGGUUUAUGAAGUCUAGAACUAAUUGGCUUCUAGAAGAAUGGGAUUCUUCUCAACUGCAAUUAUCUAGCUUGGCCCAUCCUCCCACUAUGGAUGAGAUUUGGAGGGCUCUCAACAGCAUGAAACCCUUUAAGGCACCAGGAUCGGAUGGGGUUCAUCCUUUUUUCUAUCAGAAACUCUGGGAACAUACUAGAUCCAAAGUUUGUAUUGACAUUUUGCAAGCUUUUUCCACUAGUACUGUGCCUCUUGGGUGGAAUAACUGCCUUCUUGUGCUGAUCCCUAAGGUUGAGAACCCGGAAUCUAUCACGCAGUUUCGUCCCAUUGGUUUAUGUAAUACUUCAUAUAAGAUCAUUUCGAAGCUGCUUGUCAACAGAAUCAAGCCUUUACUUGACACCAUUAUUUCUCCUUGUCAAGCUAGUUUUAUUCCAGGCCGGAAGGGUACGGAUAAUGUUAUUAUCCUCCAAGAGCUAAUUCAUUCUUUUAAUAAGAAAACUGGAUGCACUGGGGACAUGAUUAUCAAAAUUGAUUUAGAGAAAGCGUCUGGCCAAAAGAUUAAUCCAUCCAAAUUUGGUAUUUUCUUCUCUAGAAAUGUGGAGCAUAAUUCUAGAGAAGAGCUUUGUAGUAUCCUAGAGUUUCCUCAAACUGAGAACUUAAGGAAGUAUUUGGGCGUCCCUCCUUCUCCUAGGAAGCUUAAGAAGCAAGAUUGCAACUUCAUAUUAGACAAGGUCCGUGCGAAGCUAGAUGGUUGGAAGACAAAAUUCUUCUCAAUGGCUGAAAGGAGAAUUUUGGCCUCUUCUGUUCUGGCCUCCAUUCCUAACUUUUAUAUGCAGUCUUUUAUGCUAUCUUAUUCCACUCUUUCUCAAUUGGACAAGAUCACUCGUGACUUUCUUUGGGGAUUCGACCUGCUAAAGAGAAAGAUACAUAUGGUUGCUUGGGAUACAGUGACUCUCCCUAAGUCUCUUGGAGGACUUGGAAUGAAAAGUGCCAAGGAGGCUAACCUGGUUGCAAUGGCCAAGCUUAAUUGGAGAUUAUUCUCAAAAAGAGACAAACUUUGGUGCCAGAUAAUUGCUUCAAAAUAUGGAAUUGGGACACAGCCCUCCCCCCUCCCUAGGAAUGGUUCCCCAAUGCUUAAUAACAUUAGGAAGGGUAGUGAAUUAUUCCAAAAAGGUAUUAAAUGGGUGCCUUAUAAUGGGCGAUCUAUUUCCUUUUGGAAUGAUUGCUGGGUUAUGGAUGCCCCCCUUAGUAACCUAUUAUCCGGACCUAUCUCUUCACAAGACAGGCAGCUCACCGUUGCUGAUGCUUUCGUUAACAGAAGGUUUCAACCCAAUAACAUCUCCUAUCCUAUUGAAGAGGAUUUAGUGAGAAUCAUCUCAACUACCCCGACUGCCAUAACUUCUUCCAACACUGACUCGUUUUGCUGGAAAGGAUCAUCUGAUGGCUCCUUUUCAUCUACCUUUGCAUAUAACCUUGCUAAAGGUCUACACCUCUCACCCAAAGGAGACUGGAAAUGGAUAUGGAAAAUCCAAACCCUUCCCAAGAUCCAACAGUUCAUAUGGCUUUUAUCUCAUGAACGCCUCAAAACCCUUGGUGGAAUCUUGUUCCCAUUUGUUUAGAAAUUGUCCAUCUGUGCGUGAUUUAUGGGAAUAUUUUUUUCCUGGGGAUAAUAGUUAUGAGGAGGAUUCACCUUUCUUUUUAUGGCUCCAAAUGAAUUGUUCUAAGACUA